AUGAUCGCCACGGGCGGCCUGCUGCGUAUGAACCGGCGCCAAGACUCCCAGCGAUCUAAGAACCACGCUGAGAACCAGAGGAAGAGGAAACAAGCAGAGAGGAAGAAGAGGAAUGAUGUGGUAGUGGUGAAGGGGAAACUCAACCUGUGUUCCCCAUCUGGGCUGGUGGCUGCGGUGGGGGUAGUGGUGUUGAUGCUGGGGAUAGCCAUGGCUGUACUGGGCUACUGGCCACAUGAAGGCCACAGCCAGGGGUAUGCAUCCGGGGUAUCACCAGGGGAGGAGCGGAGAGACAAUGGCAGGAUGAGCUACUCCAAGAGCCCCCUGGUGUCUGUCACCUGGAACAAUAACAAGGAUAACAACACAGCCAACCAGACUGUUGGGGAGUUGACCAACCAGACUGGGUUUCUGUCUGAGUUCCUGGACAGCUACCUCUACUCAGACAACUUGAAGGUGUUUGGGCCCUUAGUGAUGGGGAUUGGCAUCUUCCUCUUCAUCUGCGCUAACGCCGUGCUUCACGAGAACAGAGACCAGAAGACCAAAGUCAUCAACCUCAGAGAUAUCUACUCCACGGUCAUCGACCUCCACAGCACACGGACCAAGGACUACUCGCCGAUUAACGGACUGGUGAACUAUGUGCCGUCCAGGGGCAGUGUGGACAUAAACUCGGGUUCGUUCCAUCCUGGCAAGAUGCUAGAGCACAGUCCUUGGCCCUCCACUACCGUGUCAAGCCACCAGGGGGAGAUAGGUAGCAGUGAGCAGCAGUACAGACGACUGUCAAGGGCGGGUCGGCAGCGGAGCUGGUCCAGAGACAACCAGACGUUCACGGAAAGUGUGUUUAGCAUCUACAGAGACCAGAAGCGCAGGUACAGUAGACAACCAGACCAGGCCUCGUACCCCAGGCAGUGGGAGGGUACAGCAUCCAUUGUCAGUUCUUCUUUUAACGCCUUCACCCUCCCGAUCAUCACACUUAACAACGGUGCAGUGGAGGAGGGGGGACAGGAGGGGGGACAGGAGGGGGGACAGGCCGAGAGAGAGGAGGAAGUGAUCACAGAUGUCAAGGAUUUUAGUGGAAAUGGGAUUGAGCAAGAGCAAGUAGCAGGUUAUAGUCAAAGUCUGGAUAAUACAGAGAAUAAUUCUUCAAGAAGGACCUCGAUGAAUCCCCUCGAAUCCUAUAGUCAAUGUCUGGCUACUAAAGAGAAGGAUUCUUCAAGAAGGACCUUGAGGAAUCCCCUGGAAUAUGAGGGUGGUACCGUCAUGACCCUAACUGAACCAGAUGAGGCGCUACAAGGACAGACCCUCACCCCACAGGGCCCCCGGCUGUUCCCUCCUUCUCCCGUUUUCAGAGCGACGACGGGGAUGGGAUCUCGCCUGUCACUCAACUCCCUCUCCAGCCCAGGGGUCGACCAGCCCCAGUCGGCACGACGAUGCAGCAUCACCGUGGCCGUCUGUCGUCAAGGCGACCGGGCUCGUCGGUUCAGCUGUACGCGUCUGGAGCGCUCAAACAGUAAGGGAUACAUCAAACUGGAAACCGUGGACGGAGAUUCCUCCGAGGUACCAGAUGUAGUGACUUCCUGUGUGCCUGACUCGAAUCAGGAAGAAGAAGUAGUAGCAGACGAGGUAGCAGAAGCAGCUCAAGGAAAAAGAGAGAGGGUGACUGUCACCCUUAGCACUUCUUUAACAGAACUCUAG